CAGGGAAGCAUCAGCAGCGCCGCCGCCAUCACUGCUACGCUGCCGGCGCUAGAGCCCUAAACCCUAGCUAGGGCUAGGCCAUCCAUGGCCGCCUCUCCCCAGACUCUGUCAGCUCCCCCGCCCGCCGCCGCGGCCGUCCCGAACCUCGGCGGCAAGCGCAAGAGGCAACCCAAGGGCAAGAAGAAUAAGAAGAACAAACUCGCGCGCUCCGACCAGGAUGACUCCGUCCGCCGCCGCCGCAACAAGCCGAGCGCCAAGUUCCUCAAGCUGCUCCGCAAGCGGGCCCGCGACUACAACUCCGACGACGAGGAUGAAGCUGGUGACGACCGGCAGCAGGAGCACCUGCCGAAUCCUCAACGCCGCGUUGACGAGGACGACGACGAGGCCCUCUCUCACUCCGAGCCGGAGGAGGGCGAGGACGAGGACGAAGAGGAGGGGGCCUCCAGCUCGGCCGUCACGAGGUUCGAGCAAGGCUGCAGGGCGUUCCGCGUCGCCUUUCUCAAGAUCAUGGCCAAGAAACUCCCCGAUGAUCCCCUGGGUCCAAUCCUGUCAGCGCACAAGACAUUGGUAGCCGCCAAGUUAGCCGAGGAGGUGGAGGAGCACAAGCCCAAGCGGGAGGCUCGGAAGGAGAAGCGCGUGGCAGCAGAGAAGGGGCAUGUCAUACCUAAAGACCACUUGGACAGCAAAGAGAAGGAGCUCAUCAAGGUUGCAACCAAGGGGGUUGUCAGGCUUUUCAAUGCGGUGAGCAAGGCACAGAAAUCUCGAAAAGAUUUGAACCCAUCAAGGACUAAAGAUGCCACAGUUAUAGCAAAAGAAAGAAAAAACACCUUCCUAUCAGAACUGGAGAUGCCAUCUCAUCAAGAUAAAAAGAGGAAUACAUCUUCAAAUUUCUCAAAGCACGCCGUCAAAGAUGAAGAUGAACCAGCAUGGGCACCUCUUCGUGACACAUACAUGCUUGGUUCUAAAUUGAAGGACUGGGACAAAAUGAAGGAUUCUUCCGCUGUCAGUGAGGAAAAAAAGGUUCCUUCAAUCGACUCUUCUGAUGAGGAAUAGAAACAUAGUUAGUAUGGAGCUUGUAUCUUGUUGUCCGUUGCUGGUAAAACGUGUUGAGAUGGGUGUAUGUGUAUUCAGAUUAUCAAUUCCACACCUCACUCACCCUUUUCUGGAGAUUUUUUUUGGUUGCAUUGCAUUUGUUCUAAAUCUAUAGUAUAUAUGCAUCCUUUAUUAUACUGGCAUUAGUGAUGGAUGUG